CCGCCCUCCUGUCCGGUGACUACAGCCUCCUCGCCUCUCGGGUAUGGAUUAUUCGCAGAGAACCGGCAGCGGAACCAGUGCGACCUGCGAACUCCCCGCGGCCGCUCGCCUCUCUCGUAGCCUUUCGUAGCUUAGGAUUACGCGUAACUCAUCCGUAGAUAGCGGCAAAAGCUACCCCGCAGUUACUCUUUGAGCUCGAUUAUACCGACACUUUCAAAUCUUGCUCAUUUAAAUAUUUGCGAUGUGUAUUUAUGAUGUCACUUAUGUAGAAUUGCCAAAAAUAUGCACCUGUGGAACCAAUGAUUUUGUAUAAUUUAGCAAAGGAAGGAAGAAAGGAAGUAUUUAGAUCGCUAAUGCAAAGUUAUAAACAAUAAUGAUUCAAGUAGACGAUUUUAAACGACCCUCUCCAUCACCUUCACGAUGCUCUGUACGCAGCGACAGCCGGGUGUUUAGGCAACCGAGAGUAAUUCAUGUAAAUCGCGAUGUUGCUACAAUGAUGGAUGAUGAAACAAAUUGUGUUCCUCGAAGUGGAAAUACUAAUGAACCGACACUGAUAUCUGAUUUUGAACCUGUACAAACAGCGCACGCUUCUCACUUCCGCUCACGUACGUUCAGUGAUGGAUUUAUCAGAAAUACCAGUCUUGAGCUCCUGUUAGGCGUAGAUUGUGAUGCUUGCCUCGCGCUAGCUGCCCAAAGACAAUGUUACAACCAACAUUUAUCCGAUCAUGAAUUUGAUUUAGUUUGCAACUGUAACGUUCAACAAAACAAUUAUCUUAAUUGUCAUCGAGAUUCUGUAAAACAACGAGGUCAUACGCUUAAUAUUUAUGAUAUGGACAGAAUCAAACGAGAUGCAGGACGUAAUAAUUUGAUUGAUGGAACGCAUCGUACCCUGGACAGGAAACAUAUUAAAAGUAAAAAUGUUUCAAAUUAUAUUUCUAAGCAAUUUAUAUCAUAUGACCAAACAAAUACUCUGGUUCAAAAAAUUAAAAAGAAAUUAUCAAAUUUGAAACGAAUUGGAGGAGAAGCGAUGGCGAAAAAACCACAAAACGCUGUACAGUUAGCGGAGAUAAGUGCGGGUUCAACAAGCUCGCUACGGAAGCUGUCGAUGUUAUCACUUGUAGAUAAGUCACAGAGAAAAACGAAUAGCCAGAGUUGCAUCUUUUCUGCUACAAGUUUGCAAUCUAAAACUGAUUUUAAGGAAAACUUAAAUACUUAUGCCAAUUUUUCAUCAAACGUUGAUCAAUGUUUUGAUCGUAUAAGAGAUUGCAAUGCAGAAUUAUAUAAGCCGCAGAAAAAGCCUAAAAUAAGAACUUUAGAUAGAAAUGACGACGUUGUUUUACGAGGCUCUUCCUCUAUAAAAUUUUCCACUUUAGAUAAUAGAAGUCGAUGUAGAGGCAUAAGAAGACAGAUGUCUUAUAACGACUUUCCCUCAGAGAGAUUUACGAGCGGGUUAUCAGAAACAUGGUCGCCUGAUGAUUCGACUAACACACGUAAUAAUGUAUCAUCCGAAGAAAAUCAUACCUUUUUGGAUGCUGAAAGAAGUGUAGGAAGUGAUCAUAGAGUUUUGCAUGCACAAUGUACUUGUAAUACGGGCCAAUCUCAAAAAAUUCCCUCUAUUUUCUUCGAUCCUCAUGGAAAGAAACGCUCAGCUCCUGCACCCGAUGUGACAGACAGGGCACAAGAAAGAAUCUCGUGCAGUGCCUGUAAAUCCAGUCAGUGGCUUCCCAACACCACUACUUCUACAACGAGCCAUAGUUCUACCACGACUGGUGCCUCAUCACGUUUAUCGGGAUGGCAGCGACGUUGGUGCUGCGUGGCUGUUCUGGUGCUAGUGGCGGGUACAGCUUGCGUGGCAGGGCCUCUGGCACUGCGGGCGCCCCCCGGAGCCCCACUCCAUGAGCGGCUACGUCUAGCAGAGCGUCUUUUACACGACACACCACUAAUCGAUGGCCAUAACGAUUUACCCUGGAAUAUUCGAAAAUUUUUACACAACAAAAUAAAGGACUUCCGGUUUAAUGAAGAUUUGAGGACGAUUUCUCCAUGGGCCACUAGCUCUUGGAGUCAUACUGAUUUGCCUAGACUGAAACAAGGUCGAGUUGCUGCACAAUUUUGGGCAGCAUACGUCCCUUGUGAUUCUCAACACAAGGAUGCGGUACAACUUACCUUCGAGCAAAUAGACCUGAUACAGCGUUUAACAGACAAGUAUCACCCGGAGCUCACAUUCUGCACUUCAGCUGAAGAUAUUUUAACAGCACACGCUAACCACCGCUUGUGUUCGCUAGUAGGUGUUGAGGGUGGUCACGCUAUAGGAGGAUCCCUCGGUGUAUUAAGAACGCUAUAUCAAGUUGGAGUCCGCUACUUAACCUUGACGUCAUCGUGUGACACUCCAUGGGCCGAGUGCGCUGCGACCGACCGUCCGGACUCAAAUCUAAGAGGUGGUCUUUCACCGUUUGGAAAGGUAGUUAUCAUGGAAAUGAAUAGACUUGGAAUGCUGGUGGACCUAUCACAUGUAUCAGAGCGCACUAUGCGUGAUGCGUUGGCAAUAUCUCGAGCACCCGUUCUGUUUUCCCAUUCAUCUGCAAGAUCCUUGUGCAAUGUAACCAGGAAUGUGCCGGAUGGAGUUCUUCGUCUACUUGCUGCCAAUAAAGGCCUUGUAAUGGUUAACUUCUAUACAUCUUUUUUAACAUGCCGAAACACAGCAACUGUGCAAGAUGCUAUAGCUCAUAUAAAUCACAUACGCGAUGUGGCCGGCGUGGAUUACGUCGGUUUAGGCGCUGGAUACGAUGGAAUUAAUUAUACUCCCCAAGGACUAGAGGAUGUAUCUUCGUACCCUUUACUAUUUGCUGAACUGAUGGAAGCAGGUUGGACUAUGGAAGAUUUGAAAAAACUGGCAGGACUAAACUUACUGCGCGUAUUAAGUGCCGCUGAAAGAGUAUCGCGUGAACUUGCCUCAGCACACGUCACACCUUACGAAGACGUGGCUCCACGCACGAUAGAAUCGUACAACUGUUCUAGCCAAGAUGUAUAACUACUUACAUAUCUCUUUUUAUCAUAAGCAAUAAUAUAUACUUGUUCUACUGCAAAGUGCAGCUAGGGUAGGAAAGAAAGACUCGUCAGCGAUCGCAUUUGUGUAUGCUCGCAGUACUGAAAACGUUAAAAUUUUUUGACAUUAGGUCCAUAUUAUAUUAAUAGAAUUUUAGAUGUAUAAAUCCCAAGCUUUAAUAACAUAAUGUAUCAUAGAAAUUAUAGAAUUUUAUCCCCGUUCAUAAAAGAUAAGUCUAUAUUGUUCAAUAUUUAUACUUAGUGUACAUUAAACUUGAUUUAAACUUAAAAUGUUCAUUUUAAAAUUAUGUGAAUAUUCUCAACAUAUUCUACUUUUCUGUUUCGCUGUUUAAGUACAAUCAUAUCCUCUACUUGACUGACUGUAAAAAUAUUGAACGUUGAUAAAACUUCGAUUCGAUUCGAUAUUAAAAACGUAUUCGACUGUAUGGUUUUCAAUAGAUAUGUAUAUAAAUGAUAUUAAUAUUUGUCAAUUUAAUGAAUUAACUUUCGUCGCCGCACUUUAAAAAGUAUGUAUAAUUUAUUUAUCUAGAAUAUUAAAGAAGAGAGCAAUGAGUUAGCUUAUUAUUAUGAUUCUGAAAUGAAAAUUACUAAAAAGAUGAGAUAUUAUAUUUUAGGCACUGCCUGCGUUAUUCUUUACAUCACCAGCUAUGCCAGGUGCUGUCUAAAUUAGCUGAAUCAAACAGACGAACAAACGGAUAUUUAUCCUCACUUUCAUAAAUUCAUUUCCUGUAAUAACGUUGAUAAGUUGUCCCUGUAUACAUACCUCAUAUAUAAUUCAUAGUAAGUAUAUUAUACAUGUGGAAGUGUAGAACAAUGUAUGUUUUGUAUUAGGUUCUCUUACUGUUAAUAUUUGGAAUAAUGUAUGAGGAUGGUUAUGAAUUGUUAUAUUGUUUCCAAAACUAUAUUAGUGAGGU